AUGACUAAUGUCAACGAUUUGGAGACUUUUAGAAGGGAAUGGCAGAGUGAAUUGAAUAAAGACCACAGUGAGCGUAAAGAAGAACGUAUAUAUCAUGACACGGAUGUGGCAGUUGAAUGCUAUAAGCAAGCUGUAGAAGCUGAACAAGUGGGACAACUUAACGAUUCAUUGAUACUAUACAGAAAAGCAUUCAAAUUGGAUGAUCAGGUGGAUAAACAAUAUGGAAACUAUAUAAAGCAGAAACAAGCACGAGAAGCUGAGGAAAUUGCUAUCGAUAGUGUAACUACGGUAGAAACAGUGAAGAAUGACAUACAAAUAAACGAGGAUGGCAAACAUACUUAUAAUUUCUCAAAAACUAUUCAAACUGGACCAGAUGCACCAAAACAAUCAACCUAUAGAUUAGACGCAAUAGAUAAACUCAUUCAAUCGUUAAAUGAAAAUCUCAGAUUGGAAGCUGACCAAGAGGACGAAGAAUGCCCAAUAUCGACACUCCCAGAUGAGAUCAUUUUGAACAUCUAUAGACAUCUAGUACAUAAGUCUGAUUUACAAACACUCAUGAGGUUCGCAUGCAGUAGCAGAAAGUUAUUAGUUCUCUCGAAUGAUAAUAUUAUAUGGAAAGACCUCGUCAAGACUCAUUUAGUCCCUCCAUAUCAAAUAAAACAAUCUAUAGACGUCGAUGAUAUUGCAACCUACAAGUUUAACGGCGCUUGGCGUAAGCUUUGGCUUGAUAUACCUAGAAUUAGGCUAGAUGGUGUAUAUAUCUCCGUAUGUCAUUACCUGCGACACGGUGAAUCAGAAUCCGCUUGGAAUACCUUCACGCAAUUAGUUACGUUUUACCGGUAUUUGAGAUUUUUCAAUGAUGGUUUGGUUAUUAGUUGGUUGAGUACAGACGUACCAAACCAAAGUGUACCGACUAUCACUAAAGACAUGAGAAGCAAGGGGUUGUUACACGGUUAUUGGAAAUUGCGGGGUGAUUUGAUUCUCAUUUCAGAUCUUAAAGAUCCUGAUCGUGUGAGGGUCCCUUACCGAUUUAGAAUGAAAGCCAAACUCAAGUCGAGUGUGCAUGGUAAGCACAACAAGGUUGAUUUAAUGGAGUAUACAUCUCUUAACAAUGAGGAAGAAGAGGUGAGCAUACCUUUGAAACAUCAACGGCCAUUCUACUUCUCAAAAGUACGCAGUUGGACUGCACUUACACCUUUAUCGGAUUGAAUGAUAUAUAUUUAUUCUUUAUUAUACAUGCGUGCAUUGAAUUAGAAAGGCUAAUUUAAAUGUA